AUGAUCAGCCGCAAUGGCGUCGCGUCGAAUGCUCAACGGAAAGGAGGCCCAAAGCCACGGUCACACAACGAGGACAGGUUCAAGGGAACUGUCACAGGCGUCGCAAUUCCAGAAGGUCAACGUGGAUCAGAUGGCAUAGAGGACUUUGAAAAUCUGCUAGAGGCCAAUUAUGACCAGAAUCGGCCCCUGCAGCUGCCUCGCAACAUGCGUCAAAAGUCACCAAAUACAUUGUCAAAGUCUGCACCAUCUGGGACAGAAAAAGACGUAAACAACUCUUUGGAUCGCCCAGUUCCCCGCUCACGCCCAUCCUCUGCCAUGGGUCCACCAUCGGCACGGGCUACUGACGUGAAUUAUGCCCCUAUUCCUUCACCUCGCGCGGCUACGAGCCGUUUAGGAUACGCCACCACCCCGCUCGUCUCUGGACUUCGGAAUGCGCCCCCAUACGACCCGACAAAUGAUCUCCAACUCCCCACGAGAAGCUCUCAAGGAUUCGGUGCCCUCGGCCGCUACCAAGAUGAACCCGUGGACUCGGAGACCGUCAUGGAUCAGUAUGUAAACUACGAGUAUGGAGAUACCCCGUCGCCGGCCCCAGAUGUGGAUUCAAGUCCACCUCAAGUGGCUCGCAAAUCUCUCGUCUCUCCCAAUGCAUCUCGCUCUAAUAGAAAGUCUGCGGCACCGGGCCCUUCUGACGAAAAUGCACCAGAGUACUCGGACAAACCACCUUCAUCCCGUCAGGCCAAAGGGAACCCACGAGCUACGCCAGAAGGUGAAAGUACACCAGUCAAUCAACCCCCCCGAAAGUCGAUAGCUAGAGACCGAGAUGCAGAGGAGGUGGAACAAGAUUUGGAGCCGGAAGCGGAGCAGGCCCCUUAUUCCCGCACUCCUCGCAGAUAUGGCGGUGAAAGAGAUCAAGUAUCCCCGCCGUUUGACGAGGCAGCUCCGCCAGACGAUGGCGACCAGCAAGAUCCACUACUUGACUACCAAGACGCCGGAGCUGAAGGAGGAGAGUACUACGAAGAAGGGGAUGAAUUCCCACCUCCUGACGGGGGUCGAUAUGCCGAGCCACCGCGUUCUGUCAGUGAGCGUAGCGACGGAGAAUCUGAGGUCGAGGCGCCUCCAAAAAAGCCUAAGUCGAAAGUCAAGGAAAAGGAGGCCCAAAAAUCAAAGAAGAAGAGACCGUUGGAAGAUGGAGAAGACUCGCCAGUGCAGACCAAACGAGCAAAGUCUACCAGUAUCCGUCCGAGUAGUCGGGCGCGCUCAAAGACGCCGAUGGCGGAUGAAAGCUAUCUCGAAGAAAUUCCAUCGGACAGCGAAAUCUCAGAUGAGGAAGACGAGGAUAUUGUCCGACGAAGUCGUCGUGUUAAAUACGCACCCGUCAAAUACUGGUUGGGCGAGAAAUUAGAAUACGAUACGUACAGGCCGGGCUCGAAUCGCCAAGUCCCCAAAAUCCUCGGGGUUCGUCGCGUUCCGGAGCCUCAGGCCGCGCCACUAUCAAAGCGAAAACGACGACCGCAGCAAAAGGCAAGGAGCAAGAGCAGAAGGUUAGAGACGGAGGAGAGAGAGAGCGAACUGCCCCGGGGUCGUUCAGUGGCUCAUAUGGAAGAAGGGUGGGAUGCGGAAACGCGGCAGACUGGCAUAGUGAUCGAUUAUAAAACCAAUGAAGAGGUUCGAAAAACCAUCGUUUAUACUGCAGGGAUGUUGGACCCACAACCGGCCAGAAAAGGCGAGUUCUUAUCGCAUAGGUUGUUCGACAACGAAAGAUGGAUGGCGGCGGGCUAUCUGAUCAUUCCCCCCAAUGGAGAAAAGCCCCGAAAACCAACAAAGGACAACAUCUUUGUGUUCUUCCUCAUCGAGGGUGCCAUUUACGUCAAAAUUCACGAGACCGAGUUUUAUUUGGGACCUGGUGGCAUAUUCUUUGUCCCGCGAGGCAACUUUUAUUUUAUCCGCAACAUGAGAAACUACCCCGCAAAGCUCUGCUACUUCCAAAGCCGACUUGUCACUCAAGAAGAAUUUGAGGAAAGGGCUCGUUCCGAAUCCAUUCUGGAUCGACCACGAUCUGCCAGCCGGCCACGACAGGCUUUGGAUGAAUACCGUCGUAGCCUAUCACGAGGCGGUGGAUUCGACAGCUCGUCUCCUCAAAAGCGCUCUGGUGAAUCUCACCACGCAUCGACCAGUCGGCGUCGAUGA